AUGUUGCCUUAUUCCAAUUAUGUCCUAUUUCUUAUAUUGUGGAUAAUUUCUCAUACGAAUCAUUAUUGUACUCGUGUUGUAAUUGACGAUAAUACAUCUACUACUACUACUACUACUACUACUACUACUACUACUACUACUACUAUUAAUAAUAAUAAUAAUAAUAAUAAUAAUGAACAACAGAUUUUCAAUAUUAUCACUUGUGCAUGUUUUGCUAUAUCUUUUAUAGUUAUCUAA